AUGAGUGUCAACAAGAAGGGUAAAGCUGUGGACGUACCCACCGAUGACGAUACAACUCUCCAACCCUUCACCGAUGAGAGCGGAGCACCGGCUACGUUACCUGAAGUUGGAAACGGAGGGGAAGAAAGUAAAGUCAAGGUUCUGUUAGGGUUGAUGAAGAAAUUGAUGGGCGUAAAGGAUGUUGCCAAUCUUCGAAUAUCCCUUCCUGCAUCUCUGUUAGAACCUAUACCAAACUUGGAGUACUGGCAAUACGCUGAUCGUGCCGACAUCUUUGCUGCCAUCGGCGAUUCGGAUGAUGAGGUAGAACGGAUGUUAGCAGUAUUGAGAUUUUCGUUCAGUAAAGAACUCAAAUUCAUCAGAGCGAGAUUAGGUAAACCCUACAACUCGGCCCUAGGCGAGCACUUCCGAUGUUCAUGGAGACUCCCUCCGAUAGUGAUAGAUAAAGAGACUGGCGAGCCUGUCAUUCGAACCCACAUUCACGUCCCCAUACCUGGAGAACCCGCAUAUGGUGGACAGGGAGGCAGUGGGUGGACCACACCCAUCUUAGGACCCGAACAUGGUGGUAAACCAAAUAGCGAGGCGAGUUCAAUCAUCUCAAGUUCGUCCAAGGCAUCCAAAAAACAGUCUACCGGUCUUAGUUUGAAGCAGGGUAACAAAUCUACCGAUACCAUCAGUAUCAAUCGAGCUAUCCCCGGUCCGGGUGAUGAGAUCGAAUCGGAUCCUGAUGCUGGUGUGGUGGAGUCAGAGAAGGUGACAGUGGUCUUCUUGUGCGAACAAGUAUCACAUCAUCCACCUAUAUCCGCCUACUACUACACCUGUCCAGAAAGAGGUAUAGAAGGAUACGGAAUGGAUCAGAUCUCAGCCAAGGUGUCGGGGAUGUCUGUUAAAGUCGGGCCUGGAUCAAGCAACCGAGGUAUCUUCAUACGGAUAGCGAGAGAAGGUCCAGGUAAAGGAGAAGAAUACCAAAUCACCCACCCUUCCGCUUCCGUCAACGGUAUCUUGAAAGGAUCAUAUUACGGCACAAUCAGCGAUCAAAUACAAAUAACAUGUAGAGGUGGUGAAGAAGGAAAGACUAAGCUACGUGCUUUGAUUGACUACAAGGAUGAGUCCUGGAUCGGUAAACCCAAAUUCCUCUUGGAAGGUAUCGUCUACAGAUACACAAUCGGUAACGAGAUGGAAGAAAGUUGGACGAAACCCAGACAAGUACCAGCGGAUAAGAUUGUCGCUAAUAUAGAAGGAAGCUGGAUGAAGGAGGUGAAAUACAGGCUAAAGGGUGAGAAGGAAUGGAAAGUCCUCCUUGAUCUCGAUCUCCUCGCCCUCAUCCCUAAAGACGUACGGCCCAUCGAAGAGCAGGACGAACAGGAGUCUCGUCGAUUAUGGGACCCCGUCACUCAACAUCUCAUAGGUAAGAACUGGGGUGAAGCGACAAGGCAGAAACAAGCUAUCGAACAGGCGCAGAGGGAUAAAGCUGCUGCUAGGAAAGCUAAAGGGGAAGAUCACCAAUCGAGAUUCUUCGAGCCUGAUUGGGAAGAUGGACGUCCGACAUUAUCAGCCGAGGGUAAGAAAGCCAUAGAAUCAGAAAUGGCAAGAUUAGAUGCUAAAGCCAAAGAGAGGGAGAAUGAGCUGUGA